UUCCCUAUUUCUUGUUGCCAGGAUGGGAAUCCAUGGCCUGGCCAAGCUGAUUGCAGACGUGGUUCCCAGUGCCAUCCGGGAGAAUGACAUCAAGAGUUACUUCGGGCGGAAGGUGGCCAUUGACGCCUCCAUGAGCAUCUACCAGUUCUUGAUUGCCGUGCGCCAGGGGGCUGAUGUGCUGCACAACGAGGAGGGCGAGACUACCAGCCACCUGAUGGGCAUGUUCUAUCGCACCAUCCGCAUGGUGGAGAACGGCAUCAAGCCGGUCUACGUCUUUGAUGGCAAGCCCCCCCAGCUGAAGUCAGGGGAACUGGCCAAGCGGAGUGAGCGCCGUGCUGAGGCAGAGAAGCAGCUGCAGGAGGCCCAGGAGGCAGGUGAGGAGGAGAACGUUGAGAAGUUCAGCAAGAGAUUGGUCAAGGUAACCAAGCAGCAUAAUGAUGAGUGCAAGAAGCUGCUGUCAUUGAUGGGCAUCCCUUAUGUGGAAGCACCGGGCGAGGCUGAAGCCAGCUGUGCCACCUUGGUGAAAGCUGGCAAAGUCUAUGCAGCUGCCACUGAGGAUAUGGACUGCCUGACCUUUGGCAGUCCAGUGCUCAUGCGACACCUCACAGCUAGCGAGGCCAAGAAACUGCCUAUCCAAGAAUUCCACCUGAACCGCAUCCUGCAGGAGCUGGACCUGACGUGGGAGCAGUUUGUGGACCUGUGCAUUCUCCUGGGCUGUGACUACUGUGAAAGCAUCCGUGGUAUUGGGCCCAAGCGUGCCAUUGAGCUCAUCAAGCAACAUAAAACCAUUGAGAAGAUCAUGGAGCACAUAGACACCAAGAAGUACCCUCUUCCUGAGAACUGGCUGCACAAGGAAGCCCAACACCUCUUUUUGCAGCCUGAUGUGGUAGACCCUGAGGCUGUGGAGUUAAAGUGGGGUGAGCCUGAUGAAGAUGGUCUUGUCCAGUUUAUGUGUGGGGAGAAGCAGUUCAAUGAAGAACGGAUCCGCAAUGGGAUCAAGAGGUUAAGCAAGAGCCGCCAAGGUAGCACUCAGGGCCGAUUGGAUGACUUCUUCAAGGUGACUGGCUCCAUUACUUCAGCUAAGCGAAAGGAGCCAGAGCCCAAGGGACCAACCAAGAAGAAAGCAAAGGGCAAUGCUGCAGUUGCAGCAAAGUUCAGAAGGGGGAAAUAGUUGGACUUUCCAAAACUCUGCUUGCUCUUUUCUGCUUCCACGUUCUCCACAAGUUUUAAAUUUGGUAGAAAAUCCUUGUGUGUGUUGCUCUAAAUGAUGCCCUGCCAGCGGGAAGGGGGGAGGAGGGGGUGGGGAUUGAUGAUGCCUAUGCUUCUGUUCCUGUACAUAGUGAUUCCCCAUCAGGACUAGAUUAGCAAAUUAGAUAAGAGUCCUCUAACAAGCAACAGUGUGGCCACAAUUCUGAUGGAAGGGUGGAUUUAAAAAA